AUGGUGUUCUUGGACCUAGAAUUCCAAAAUAUCGGCCAAAGCCGUGAAGCUAUCGGUGAGGCCAGUGAGGCCUCCCUAUGUCAGCUCGCAAACCCAGAGGCAGAAGAAUUGGUCACUGGACGCGAACUUCGCGAUUUCCUGAAGACUGGCGAUGAUGGUCAAGGGAUAUCACGAUGGGAAUCGUGUCAUUCCAUUUCAGUUUUUCUGCAUAUGUUAUUUCAAGAGCAUAAGGAUACCCGACUACUUAGGAGAUGGUUUCAUAAACGUUUGCAAAUAGAACUCAACGACAUUAGCACUCGAUCUGCAGCUGGCCGUCUGAUACAGGUCAGUUCGCAAAUCCAGGGGCAUCAACUCAAACGAUUAAUCCCUUUGAUAAAAGAAUCGAUUCGACGAGCUUUGCAGCGGAAGCAUGUUUGGCCAAACUACAAGAUUCGCUAUCGCCCCUUAUUUCCGAAUCCUUUCCUUCAGCCUUCUCCUCCACUCAGUGCUUUCGCCCACAUAAAAAUUGAAGGUGGUCUGGAAGUGACGGUGUUGCAAGCAUCUCGUUUGAGAACGGCUUUAGUAGAGAAGGAUCCCAGCUGCUACGUUGUUUACUGCACAGCUACCUUAGGUGUGUGCCGAUUGUUCUUUGCACUGAAUUUUAAGAAUGCUUCCGUUUUCUGUCGUUUAGAUCACCGACCUUUCAUGCAAAGUUCAACAGAUGUUGCUCACUCCUUGAGUGUCAUGUUAACGUUUUCUCGCCAUGAUAUGAACACACCAACCGGACUGAUCUUUGAGAAGGAAAUCCGCAUCCGUGAUCUGUCACUGGGCACGAAAUUUCCGCGAAUAAAUGCGAUACGAGUCGAAAAUGUGGAGAUGGCUGAGGACAAGAAUAUUUUCGAGAAGAUAACUCUUCUCAUUGAUAUGGAUUACACUGGUGGCCUUGAAACAUCUAUCGAUGUCACCACAGUAUUUGGAAAGAAAGCCAAUUUGUCUAUAAAGCUAACAAAGCUCGCUGGACUUGUUCGUUUGAUCCUUUCGAGGAAGCCAUACAGCCACUGGACUUCUUCAUUUGUCUCCACGCCUGAUGUCAGUUCGCAAAUCAGGGGCUCACUGAAACGAUUAUUCUUGAUAAAAGAGUCGAUUCGACGAGCUUUGCAGCGGAAGCAUGUCUGGCCGAACUAUAAGAUUCGCUAUCGCCCCUUAUUUCCAAAUCCUUUCCUUCAGCCUUCUCCUCCACUCAGUGCUUUCGCCCACAUAAAAAUUGAAGGUGGUCUGGAAGUGACGGUGUUGCAAGCAUCUCGUUUGAGAACAGCUUUAGUUGAGAAGGAUCCCAGCUGCUACGUUGUUUACUGCACAGCUACUUUAGGUACAGCCAUAAAUGCGAAUGGGAGCAGGCCUGUGCGAGUCGCCAUCGUUGAAGAAGGAAGUCUCGCAGACAAGGCUGCAUUCAAACCAGGGGAUACAUUGCUUGCUAUCAAUAACGUGCCAAUUCGAAGCGAGCGGCAGGUCGUUCGUUUUCUGCAGCAAACAAUCGGGGACUUAUUGAUACUUGUGGAUCGCAAUCUUGACGACAUUGACGACGAGGCUCUCAAAGACUCCGAACAUAUUGUUGGAAGUAAUUCAAACGGAAACAAUGACGAUGGAUUUGUAUGUUUGGGAGAAGUUGCUCCACCGCCUGCAACAGUUGCUGAAAGAAGAAGCGUUUCGCCAGGAUCGGACUCCCAUCGCCGUCACAGUCUCUCCAAUAUCGCAUCGGCUGCGUCAAUGGUGAAUACAAACACGGAUUCGGUUGCAUCUUCACUCUUGAGUUUAGGUAUGAUC